AUGGUGUUCAGGCAGUGCGUGGCUUGCUUUCUGCAUUCUGCAUUCUUCAUUCUGCUACUGAUUCCUCUUUCUCUGGAUGCAGUCUUUCUAAAGCAGGAAGAGGCAAACAACAUUUUGCAAAGGCAAAGACGAGCCAACAGCUUCUUCGAAGAAAUAAAACUGGGGUCACUAGAGCGAGAAUGUAUGGAAGAAACGUGUUCCUUCGAGGAAGCGAGAGAGGUUUACCGUGAUGACGAAAGGACAAGAGAGUUCUGGAACAUCUAUUCUGACCCCAACCAGUGCAACCCUAACCCCUGUCAGAAUGGUGGCAGCUGUGACGACCAGUUUCAGGAUUAUGUUUGCCGCUGUCCCGUUGAAUAUGAGGGAAAAAGCUGUGAAAAAGCUGUAGCUGACAAGCUGAAGUGUAUCUAUGACAAUGGCGGCUGUGAGCAGUACUGUCAUGACGAGCGGUCUCGGGAACGACUGUGCUUCUGUGCGGACGACUACACUUUGGCGAGUGAUGGCGUGUCCUGCAUUCCCCAAGUAAAAUACCCAUGUGGAAAAAUACCAGUGCUGGCCAAAAAAAAUGCAACUGCACGAGGGAGAAUAGUGGGUGGCUUAAUCUGUCCUCCUGGUGAAUGUCCAUGGCAAGCCCUCAUAAUACAGAACAGGAAAGAAAAGUGUGGUGGGUCCUUGCUCUCCCCAGAAUGGGUGGUCACCGCAGCGCACUGCUUGGAGUAUACUCAUCGGAAAGAGCUUCGGGUGAGACUAGGGGAACACAGGAUACACUACGACGACAAAACUGAGCAGGAAAGUGGAGUUGCCAGGAUAAUCAUCCAUGAAGGAUACACGAAUGGACAAGUCAAUAACGACAUUGCCCUCCUGUACCUGGAAACACCCGUGAAUCUCACUGACUACGUGGUGCCAAUAUGUUUGCCUGAAAAACGGUUUGCAGUGUAUGAACUAUCCUCCAUCAAGUUCUCCACAGUGAGCGGAUGGGGACGCCUGCUAGAUGGAGGUGCCACCUCUUCCGUCCUGAUGAGAGUUGAUUUGCCGCGUGUAAAGACACAAGAAUGUGAAAAGGAGACCGAUUUAAAUAUUACGGAAAAUAUGUUUUGUGCAGGGGAUCUGGCCGGCGUUAAAGACUCCUGCAAGGGAGACAGUGGGGGACCUCAUGCUACAAAGUACAAGAACACUUGGUUUCUGACCGGGAUUGUCAGCUGGGGAAAGCGCUGUGCCACUAAAGGCAGCUAUGGGGUUUACACAAGGGUAUCCAAAUACAUCGACUGGUUGAAGAAGCACAUGGAUUAA